AUGGCCAGGGGCGGGCGGCCAGGCGAUGCCUCGCCCGCGGGUGUCCUGCCGGAGCAGCGGGCCGCAGGCGGGGGAGGCGGCUGCGCCCAGGGCCAGGCGCCCGUGGACAGGGCGGUGGUGGAGGACGGCCUGCGAGUGCUCAACACGUUCCUGCACGUGCCAGGCGUGGGUCCAGACGCACGCGUGCGCUCCAGCUCGGCCCCCGCGGCGGUGGGGGGGCGCCGCUCCGCGCCUGCGGCGGAGGCGUCCAGGCCCGUCUCGACGACGCAGCGCGCCGCGGAGGGGGCCACCUCCGACUUGGGCCCGACGUGGGGGUCUAUCCUGCACUCGACGGGCAGGUGCCGCCCUUGCCUGUUCGCAGAGCGCGGCUGCAGAAACGAGGAGUUCUGCCGAUUCUGUCACACGUGCACCUCGGCGGGGCGGGCGCGGGCCACCGGCAGCAAGGCGCAGCAGAAGCACUUCUCGUGGCGCUGCCUCCGCAAAGCCACCGCCAGGGCGAGGGCGAGCGCGGGCGCGUGGUGA